AUGCAAAUCAAAAAUCUCAACGGAGACAUCGUAGCCGCCAAGGGCAUCGCAUGGAUAAAUUUAAUUUCCCAACAUGACGACACAGUCAACGAGUACGUGGGCGCAUACAUCGUGCCCAAAAUGAUGAGUAAUUUACCGAGCCACGAACUAGAUAUCAGCAAAUGGAGACAUCUGAAAGGCAUCAAGCUGGCGGAUAAAACUUUCCAUAUUCCCAACAAAGUGGACUUGUUACUUGGUGCCGACUUCUACAGCCGCGUUAUCAUAAACGGAAUUCGAAAGCAGAAAGACGCGCCAACGGCUCAACGGACAACAUUCGGGUGGAUAGUGUUUGGCGGAUACGAUCAUACGUACCAACACGCAUCAAUCGUCAACACCAUCGAAGGCUCGGUCUCGAACGAGCAGCUGCUAGAGAUGAUCACAAAGUUUUGGCAACAAGAUCAACUACCGACCAAGCGGUAUCGUACUCAAGAAGAGCAGCUAUGUGAAGACAUAUUCACCAACAGCAUCACGACCAAUCAUGAGGGUCGCUACAUCGCGAGAAUGCCAUUGCAACCAGAUGCACCAAAGGUGAUCGGCUCAUACGACAUAGCAUAUGCAAGGCUAAUGCAAAUGGAACGAAAAUUUGCUCGCGAUCCAGAACUGAAGGAGAAAUACAUAAAAUUCAUGCGCGACUACGAGGAAUUGAAUCACAUGAGUAAAGUGCCACCACAGGAGCAUCACAGUGACACAGCAAUUUACAUACCUCAUCAUGCAGCAGGCACGGAAAAAUUCCGUACCGUAUUUGAUGGAAGCGCUAGGGCGAAAAACGGAAUUUCAAUCAACGACAUUCAGUUGAACGGAGAAAAGGUUCAACCAGAACUCAUCACUACUCUCAUGAGAUUUCGUACACACAGAAUUGCGCUUACCGCUGACGUCGCUAAAAUGUAUCGACAGAUACUGAUUGCGGAGGAUCAACGAGACAUGCAGCGGAUACUAUGGCGAGAAUCGCCAAGUCAACCGGUUCACGAGUAUCGGCUGAACACCCAGACAUAUGGGAACAAGUCAGCAGCAUACGUCAGCAUACGCACCAUGGCUCAUAUGGCUGAAGAAUUCGCCACAGAAUUCCCAGCGGCAUCAAAAGCCGUGAAAACAUCGUUUUACGUUGACGAUGCAUUGGGCGGUAGCCACGAUAUUACAUCUGCCAUCAAUCUACACAGGGAACUGAUCGAGAUGUUCGGUAAAAGAAAGAUGGAGCUAGCUAAAUGGAACACCAACGAUCCAACAGUGCGUGGGCACAUCAAAUCAAGCGGCUGCCAACUGAUCGAGCUCAACAAAGAAGAAACGACAGCAGUGCUCGGUAUGCACUGGGAUGCAAGGGAAGACACAUUCCAAUACAUCAUCAAAAAUCCAAUCAGAUUGGAAAAUCCAACGAAGAGGAGCAUUUCGUCCGACAAGGUCGAAUGGGACGACAAAGUCGAGGGAGAAGUACUGCAGAGAUGGGAGCAAUUCGCCAGGGAAUUACCAAACAUCACGAAUGUACGCAUUCCGAGGUGGAUCAACACAGAUCUUAAGUCCAAAAAGCAACUGCAUGCAUUCGCCGACGCAUCAAAAACCGGAUACGGCACCACAUUCUACCUCAGACAGCAACGUGAUGGCGAUCCAGUCACCGUACAUUUGGUGUUUGCGAAGGCACGCGUCGCACCGAUUAAGGGCAGUACAAUUCCGAAAUGGGAGCUGACAGCAUGCCAUCUCACGGCACAAUUACUGGAAGAAGUGAGAACCGCACAUGAUGUCGACAUAGACAGUUGCACUCUUUGGUCCGACUCAAUGAUAGCACUACAUUGGAUCGGCAAAUCACCUGCCAAAUUAGACGUGUUUGUUGGCAACAGAGUCGGAGAAAUACAGGAGCUAACGCGCGGGGUUGAAUGGAAACAUGUGGACACAAAAAGCAAUCCAGCCGAUCUAGCUUCGCGGGGAAUUUCACCAACGGAAUUGGCGGAUUGCAAACUAAUGGGUGGAAUGGACCCAGCUGGUUAA